CGCACCGAGAUCGGAUCUGCUCCGAGACGGUCACGGCGCGGCUGGUGACAGCCGGUGACCCUGAGAGGCGUGUGACCGACCGACAGCGACAGCGCUCUCCGCCGGCGGAGCGGCCGAGCGGGCUAGUCGGCGACCGAGCGCCGCCGCCGCCCCAGCCGCGGGGCUUCCGCGGUCGGCGGCCGCCGCGCAUACCCGGCCGCCAUUAGCGAGUGCGUGCCGCCGGAGCUGAGAGCCCGGAGCAGUCGGCCGACGGGCGCCGCCCGCUCGGAGAGGAGGUGAUCGCCAGCCGGCGCGGUGUGGGCGCAGGUGUCGGACGGAGCGUGACAGUGGUGGGCCGGCGCUCAGACAGCUCCGCCGGAGCCGGAGCCGGAGCCGGAGCCGGAGCCGGAGCCGCAGCUCCAGUGCUGCCAGGGGAGCGGAGGUGAACGGAGCCAGUCGCCAUGGGAGCUGAGCAGAGCGCGGCCGCCGGCCACCAGCAGGCUGCAGCGUCAGCGGCCGCCGCCACUCAGGUGUCUCAACAGACGGCUGUGAAGGAAACACCGCCGGCGAAGCCGGGUACGCCGUCUCGCUUCGACGCGGUGCGCGCUCUUGAUGAGGACGAGAACUGGAGAGAACGCACCGAGGUGAUCACCAAGCACGACCACAACCUCAACAAACAGCUGGCCAGGGACAUCAUCGAGCAGAUCGUCGACAGCGCCGCCAGCACGCCCACCGAGAGCUCGUCUUCCGUGUCGUUCGCCACCGUCUCGUCUAACCCACCGGCUCCGGUGCUGCCCGGCACACUACCGGACGUGGUGCGUGUGGCCGCAGCCUCACCGCGAGACGACACCGACUCCGGCGACUCCUCGGAGUACGAGUCGGCCUCGGAGCAGGAGGACGCGCCGGCGGCUCCGUCGACGCUGCGCUCGGAGACGUCUCUGCUGGCCGACGAGCUGCUCGGCCUGAGUCUGCAGACCCCACUCAAACCGGGCGCACCGCCGCGUCCCCAGUCUUCCUCCGAGCAGAAGCCGCAGCAGCAGUGGACGUUAGACGACCUGCCGCCGCCGUCCCCGCUGCAGGAGCUGAUUGCCGAGACUGACGCGCUGCAGGUGUCCUCUGCGGCGCCCCGGUCGGGUGAGACAGGGGAGCGCGCCGCGCCGGUGGUAGAGACAGAGGAGGCUGCGGCUGAGGGAGCGACGGGAGAGAAGGGAGAGAGUGAAACGGAACCUCCAGCUCUUCCGGAGCCGGCUGUUGUGACAGAAGAGUGCACUCCGAGCACAGAAGAGCACACUCCGAGCACGGAAGAGUGUAUUCCGGCUCCGGUAGAGCCCUCUGUGGCCCAGGAGACGCUCCCCGCUCCAGAGGAGCCAGCGCCGGUCGCUGAGGAACCGACCCCCGCUGUUGCACCGACCCCGGCUGUUGAGUCGGUCACCGUUCAGGAGGAACCCGCUCCCACUCCACAGGAGGAGCCUGCUGCUACUGACGCCGAACAGCCGCCGGCACAGCCCGAGUGCGACGCAGAGCCUGCCUCGACUGAGGUCAGAGCUGACUCACCACCGAUCAGGGCUGCUUCUCCGCCGAUCAGGGCUGCUUCUCCACCAAUCAGGGCUGCUUCUCCACCAAUCAGAAGUGCUUCUCCACCAAUCAGAAGCGCUUCUCCGCCCAUUAAAGCUACUACUCCACCAACAAGGAGCGACUCGCCACCCAUCAGAAGUGCUUCCCCGCCUAUCAGAGCCGCUUCUCCGCCAAUAAGGAGCGCCUCUCCACCUAUCCGCUCGGGCUCGCCGCCUAUCCGCUCGGCCUCUCCGCCCAUCCGCUCGGGCUCUCCCCCCAUCCGCUCGGGCUCUCCGCCUAUCCGCUCGGGCUCGCCGCCUAUCCGCGCGGGCUCGCCGCCUAUCCGCUCGGGCUCACCGCCUAUCCGCUCGGGCUCGCCGCCGAUCCGGCCGGCCGGCGCCAUGACUCAGACCGGUGAUGAGGACGAGCCAAUUCCGCCCAAGGUCGGAUACAACCUGGACUUCCUCGACGACCCCAACUUCAACCCGUUCACUACCGGCUCGGGCAUCAAGCUCAGCCCGCCGCCGUCACCCAAGGCGAGCCUGCCGCCGCUGAAGGCUGCCAAGACCAAGAAGCAGCGCGAGGCGGCGCCGGCUGACCCGGCUCCUGCGGAGACCAAUGGUGUGGGCAGCUCAGACGGGGGCUCGGCAGAGCCUGCCAACGCUCCGGAACAGACUGAGGAGCCGGUCAAACCGCCCGCCAAGAAACCCGUGGUGAAGAAGCCGGUGCGGCCGGUGAGGAGACCUCUAAAGAAGAAGGUGGUGGAGCCGCCCCCGGAGCCGACUCCGGCUCCGUCCGAGGAGAACGGCCGAGCGGACAGUCCGCCGCUGGCGCCGCCCUCAAAGGGCUACAACCUCGACUUCCUGGAUAAUUGCGACGACCCCAACUUCAACCCGUUCGCCACAAAGUCGGCGGUGGCUAACUCUCCCACCGGCUCGCCGACCGCCGCCAGAAAGGUGGCCAACUCCCCGCCGCUGCCUGCCCGAUCGGCGGCCAAACAGUCGCCGGUCAAACCGGCCGCCAAGGCCGCUCCGCCGCCCGAACCGGAGCCGGAGCCGGAGGAGCCUGAGCCGCAGCCGGAGCCCGCAGAGGAGCCUCAGCCUGAGGAGGCCGCAGAGGAGCCUGCCGCGGAGCCGGAGGAACCAAUGGAUGUGAAGACGGAGCGACCAGAUCCGUUGGGUGGUGGGGACGCGUCUACUUCAGUCCGCUCUGAGGCCAGCCGAACAGCACUGCUGGACACAGCGCCUCUGGACUUUGGUGAAGUAACUGGUAGUACCAUCAACGACCAAGAGAUGGCGUCGGCUACCAACGACCAGUUUGUGGAGGCCACCAACUUUUUCCAAGACCCGUCGGCGCUGGACCGUCUGGCAGAGCACAGGGACGGACGGCUGGCUCCCAACAUCGCGCGGAACUCGCUCUACGUCAAGUUUGACCCCUUGCUCGGCCGGCCGAGCGUUCUGCCCGAGAUCCAGCGUCUCACAGAACGUGCGGAGGAGUCGGCUUCGGGCGUGCCGCGGCAGCUCACCUCGGUCAAAUCGGACCUGAUCGCCUUCUCACCGAAGAAGGAGGACGAGCAGGUGCCGACACCGCCGCCGGUGGCCGCCCCGGCCGCCCCCGCCCCCGCCCCCGCCGCCGCCUCGGCCGUGCCGGCGGACCUCAGCGCUUCCCAGCCGCCCACCCCCACGGACGGCAGCGUGGCCGAGCUGCUGAAGAAACAGGAGCUCUACUUCCAGGAUCAGCUGCUGAAACGUGACCGGGAGAUGACGGCGAUGAAGAACGCCAAUGCCAAGCUGAUCCAGCAGGCCUCCAGCAACAAAACGGAAAAGGUUCUGGAGCGGGUCGCCCACCUGGUGGCGUCACUGACCAACGAGAACGGCCGUCUGCGACACGAGCUGAACACUGACCGCGCGCGGCUGGUGGCGGAGCGGGAUGAGGCGCGACAGGAGGUGGCAAACGCAGAGGCCAUGUUCGCCGAUCUGCACAGGAAGUACGAAAAGAGCAAGGCCGUGCUGCAGGAGCACCGGCGGUGCGCCGAUCAGAACCAGGCGGCCUUCCGGGACGCCAAGGAGAGAGCCGAGCGGGAGAAGCAGCGCUUCGACAUGCUGCGGCAACACUCUGAGGAUGCCCAUGCCAGGCUCGAGGCGGAUUACGAGGCGGCAGAGAAGGCACACCAGACCGAACUGCUGACGCUCAAAGCCAAACUGCAGCUGGCGGAGAAUCGCGAGGCAAAGCUGGAGCGCGAGAAUCGCGAAAUUACCGCCAUCUGCGACGAGCUCAUACAGAAGAUGGGCGCCGGCGCCGCGCGCUGACCGCCCCUGCUGCAAGACUCGGUGGCGUCACCUGGGCAAACAGAACCUCCAACGUCGGCCGCUAGAUGGCACGGCCGGCGUGAAGUGCCUCGUCGAGACUGGGAUGACCGACGCGGCCGUAGUGUGAAAUGACGUGACAGAUAUAAAUGAGAAGCCGACUCUUUGGUUACAAAAUCUGGACCUGAUUUUGGCUAAGAAAGCUGAAAUAAUGUGGCAUGUGACUAAUCCUCGAGCUAAGUCUGCAACUAACGGCCGUAUCGGGCGGUGGGUGAGUGGCUGAACAGUGACAGACGGACGGAGCGCGCCGGCGCUCUGCAGUGUGAGUGGGUCGGUCUGGCGGCGCCGUGCCGGCAGCGCGGCGGUCCUGUGAUACAGCGGCCGCGCCCGGGGCUGCCGGGGACAUUCCCGACUCUCCGCCGCCGACGGACGGGACGGGACAGACCAGUGCGUGCUGCGGCCGGGACGGCAGCGUCCCGAGACACGGUCAUGUGUCGACUCUGCGACCUCCUUUGUUGGAGCUGUCGAUACGAGUCGCCAGCUGUGACCGUCAUGGAUCGCCUCAGUGUAGUAAUUCGCUCAUGGUGUAACACUAAUCGCUUGAAAUGUUCAUAUACUAUUCGUCUUCUGGAGUCGUUGCACAAACUUUGUGCGAAGGAUGACUUAUUUUUCCUGUUAUUGAAUACAUGAAAUUUUGUCCA